AUGCCUUCAGACACCAACAAGGACCACCCGCAGGCUCAGCCGGGGAUGUUCGGAAGGUUGGCGGGGGGCUUGUACGGAGUCACUAAGGGAGCAUUAGGAGCCACGGUGGGAGGCGUGACCUGGAUAGGAGGGAAAAGCCUGGACCUCACCAAGACUGCGGUCACCUCCGUAGCAGCUGUCCCUGCGAUGGGCGUGGGGCUGGUGAAAGGGGGAGUGUGUGCCGUCGCCGGGGGCGUGACUGCUGUCGGCUCUGCCGUGGUCAGCAAAGUCCCCAUAGGAGGGGGCAAAAAAAAAGACAAGUCCGACUGA